GUGUAGAACGUAGACGAUUAAUCCAACUCUUAGCAAAUCCGGAGUCCAGAUACCGCCGGGAUGGAUUAUUACUAUUUAUACGAGUUUACGGGCAAUAUUUCCUGUCUUGCUCUUUGUUUCAUCUAAAAACUCUCGUCUUCCCGGGGUGAGACAUAGCAACAAUCCAAGGCAGACAGAGAGAGAGAGGGAGAGAGAGAGAGAUCGGGGACAAUAAGAAGCGGGGGCAAACCCUAAAUUUGUUGUUUGGUGGUUAGGCAGCCAUGGAAAUUGCAGCCGCACCAUCAACCUCGCACGACAGCGAGAGAGACAGGAACAUUAUCUCGGUUGAGAGCUUCGAUGGUUCGUCUUCUUCCCUUUCUAGUCCCGUGAAAACCGAGAACAACAUACCUAGCAAGUACGACGAAGAGGACGAUGAAGAGGACGUUUGUCGGAUUUGCCGAAAUCCCGGCGAUGCCGAGAACCCUCUUCGGUAUCCCUGUGCUUGUAGUGGAAGUAUCAAAUACGUGCACCAAGAUUGUCUCCUCCAGUGGCUCAAUCACAGCAACGCUCGCCAGUGUGAGGUAUGCAAACAUGCAUUUUCUUUCUCUCCUGUUUAUGCUGAAAAUGCUCCAGCAAGGCUUCCUGUCCAGGAAUUUAUAGUUGGGAUGGCAAUGAAGGCCUGCCAUGUUCUUCAGUUCUUCUUGCGCCUUGCAUUUGUGCUAUCUGUUUGGCUCCUCAUCAUACCCUUCAUUACAUAUUGGAUUUGGAGACUGGCUUUUGUGAGGAGUCUUGGUGAAGCUCAGAGAUUAUUCCUGAGUCAUAUGUCCACAACAGCUAUCCUUACUGACUGUCUCCAUGGGUUUCUACUUUCUGCUAGCAUUGUUUUUAUUUUUCUGGGAGCUACUUCUUUGAGGGAUUACUUUAGACAUCUGCGAGAGCUUGGGGGGCAGGAGGCUGAAAGAGAAGAUGAAGGUGAAAGAAAUGGUGUGCGUGCUGCAAGAGAAGAUGUUGGAGUACAAGGUAUUGCUGGUGCUGGUCAAAUAAUUAGAAGGAAUGCAGAAAAUGUUGCUGCUCGGUUGGAGAUGCAGGCUGCACGCCUUGAAGCACAUGUUGAACAAAUGUUUGAUGGUCUUGAUGAUGCUGAUGGCGCAGAAGAUGUACCUUUCGAUGAGCUUGUUGGCAUGCAAGGUCCUGUUUUUCAUUUGGUUGAAAAUGCAUUUACUGUUCUAGCAAGCAAUAUGAUAUUCCUUGGUGUUGUAAUAUUUGUGCCAUUUUCGCUAGGCAGGAUUGUCCUCCAUUACACAUCUCGGCUUUUUUCUUCAGCUACAAGCCCAGUGUUGUCAACUGGCAUGCCACUUACAGAGUCAGCCCUCUCGUUGGCAAAUAUUACAUUGAAUAAUGCAGUAACUGCUGUUACAAAUUUGUCAUCUGAAAGUUACAAGGAUGGUCUGCUUGGUCAUGUUGUGGAAGUGGUUGCAGAAUCAUUGAAUGCGAGCAUGGCUACUAUAGAUGAAGCCUCAAACAGUCUUAGCAAACCAGUUUCAGCUGAUCUCUUCAGAGGGGUUACUGUUGGAAUGUCACGCCUCUCUGAUGUUACUACUCUUGCCAUUGGGUACUUGUUUAUAUUCUCUCUGGUCUUCUUCUACCUUGGAAUUGUUGCUUUGAUUCGUUAUACCAGGGGUGAGCCUUUGACUAUGGGGAGGUUUUAUGGUAUCACGUCCAUGGCAGAAGCAAUUCCAUCCCUUGUCAGACAAUUUUUGGCAGCAAUGAGACAUUUAAUGACUAUGGUUAAGGUUGCUUUCCUUUUGGUGAUUGAACUUGGGGUUUUCCCUCUUAUGUGUGGGUGGUGGCUUGAUGUUUGUACCUUAAGGAUGCUUGGAAAAACAAUUUCCCGGAGGGUUGAGUUCUUUUCAAUCUCUCCCCUAGCAAGCUCUUUGUUACAUUGGGUUGUAGGAAUCAUAUAUAUGCUCCAAAUAAGCAUUUUCGUCAGCCUUCUCCGAGGGGUCUUGCGCAAUGGAGUUCUAUACUUUCUUAGGGACCCUGCUGAUCCAAACUACAAUCCAUUUCGUGACCUAAUUGAUGACCCUGUGCACAAGCAUGCUCGUCGAGUUCUAUUGUCUGUGGCUGUUUAUGGGAGCUUGAUUGUGAUGCUGGUUUUUUUACCUGUCAAACUUGCAAUGCGAUUGGCACCCAAUAUCUUCCCGCUGGAUAUUUCUAUAUCUGACCCAUUUACCGAGAUUCCUGCAGACAUGCUGCUCUUUCAAAUCUGCAUACCAUUUGCUACUGAGCAUUUUCGGUUGCGAGCAACAAUUAAAGCACUUCUCCGCCAGUGGUUUAAACUGGUUGGUUGGGCACUAGGAUUAACUGACUUUUUGUUGCCCAGACCUGAGGAUAAUGGUGGCCUGGAAAAUGGAAAUAAUGGGCUGGUAAGGCAGGACAGACUACGUGAUAUACAACAAGGUGGAGUUGCACAGCAAGAUCGACCCCUGGUAGCACUCAUGGGUCCUGGAGAUGCAAAUAGAGGUAUACAUAUGCCACCAAACUCCAAUAUUGGUGAAGAAUAUGAUGGUGAUGAGCAGGUUGAUUCUGACAGGUACAAUUUUGUACUUCGGAUCGUGCUGUUGUUGGUUCUGGCAUGGAUGACACUGCUUCUCUUCAACUCGGCCUUGAUUAUUGUGCCCGUUUCACUUGGACGUGCAAUUUUCAAUGCUGUUCCUCUUCUCCCGAUAACUCAUGGCAUUAAGUGCAAUGAUUUAUAUGCAUUCGUCAUUGGAAGCUAUGCCAUAUGGACUCUUGUAGCUGGAGCCAGGUAUUCUAUUGAGCAUGUUCAAACACGGAGAGCAGGUGUCCUUUUAAACCUAAUUGGGAAAUGGUGUGGAAUCAUCCUGAAAAGCUGUGCUCUGUUGUCAAUAUGGAUAUUCAUCAUUCCGGUUUUGAUUGGUCUUCUAUUUGAACUUUUGGUGAUUGUACCAAUGCGGGUUCCUGUGGAUGAAAGCCCGGUUUUCCUCUUGUAUCAGGACUGGGCACUUGGACUCAUCUUUCUUAAGAUCUGGACCAGAUUGGUUAUGCUGGAUCACAUGACACCUCUAGUGGAUGAGAGCUGGCGAAUAAAGUUUGAAAGGGUGAGAGAUGAUGGCUUCUUCCGCAUGAGAGGGCUUUGGGUUCUGCGGGAGAUUGUGGCCCCAAUUAUGAUGAAGUUGCUGACAGCGUUGUGUGUUCCUUAUGUAUUUGCAAAAGGGGUCUUCCCUGUGCUUGGCUAUCCGUUAAUAGUAAACUCAACUGUCUACCGGUUUGCCUGGUUGGGUUGCCUCAGUUUCAGCUUCUUGUAUUUCUGUGCUAAAAGAUUUCAUGUUUGGUUCACCAACCUUCACAAUUCCAUUAGGGAUGAUCGCUAUCUAAUUGGCCGAAGGCUGCAUAAUUUUCGGGAGGAUACAGCAGAGAAUGGCAGCGAGGCUGAGAUUGUUCGAGAGACACCAAAUGUAAAUUUGCAGAAUGCUGGAUUAAUCCAACGUGAGCAAGAGGCUGAUGUGGGGGUGAGACUGAGGCGAGCUAAUUGGCAUAAUCUCCAAAAUUAAAGGCUGGAUGUAUAAGUUGGGUGCAGUGGCCGGACGAUGAAGUGGAUGGAGGUCUUGUGGAUAAGCAUAGAGCUUGAUGACUAGCCAGUAGCUUCUUUCUGUGUUGGGAUUUCUCCCCAUGGUUGUUUGGGGGAGAGGCGGAGAGCUAUUGAAGAGUAGAUCAGAUUUACCUUCUGAAACGUGAUUUUGCUAUCACGUCUAUAGCGGAUGAAGAAUAGCAACAAUGAGCUCUGGAAACAUGAAGUACAAACGGUAAUGUUUCCUGAUUAAUAUAUGAUUCAACGUCUAAAUUAAUGACUGUUAAUUUUGAA